AUGCCUGAAAAGACUGGCACGAGGCAAGCUACGCUUGGGAAAUUCUUCGGGUCAGACAGACAAACGUCCUCAGAUGCCACGAAACGCCAAACUACACUGUCCUUUUCCAAUGGGAACAAGAGAAAAGAAGCAACUACCAGUGAGAAAGCUGUGGCCGAAUCAAAAGAUACUGAAGGACAAGAUGACGUGGAAAUAAACGGAGAUGCACCGGUGGCCAAGGAUGAGCCCACGUCACCUACAAAAGGUGUCAAGCGCGAGCAGUUUGUGGAAGCUGAAGAGAGCGACUCGGAUAUCCAGUCUGCCAACAAGAGACGAAAGAAGAACUCGAAAAGCCCACGGCCGAAGAAGACUGCCAAGGAGGUUCUCGCCGAGCGUCCGUCGUCGCCCAAGAUAGCGAAAAAGGCCUCUGGAGAAGUGACUCCUGUAGAAGAAGACAUAGAUGAACCUGCAGAGGAGCCAUCGGCCAGCGAAGAAGAAGAUGAUGAGAAACCAGAAAUCAAGAAGAAGCAAAUUGAAAAGAUUCAAGCAACUUUGAAGAGUACCGGCAAUGAUCCGUAUCCUGACUGGAGGGCGGGGGAACCUGUCCCAUAUGCUGCACUGUGCACGACGUUUUCUCUCAUUGAAAUGACAACUAAGCGCUUGAUAAUUCUAGCGCAUGCGUCACUAUUCCUACGUCAAGUACUAAGACUCACUCCGGAAGAUCUGUUGCCAACCGUUCAAUUGAUGAUUAACAAACUGGCAGCCGACUACGCUGGCAUUGAACUGGGUAUUGGAGAGUCUUUGAUCAUGAAGUCAAUUGGAGAAACUACCGGACGAAGCUUGUCUGUUAUCAAAGCUGACCAGCAUGAGAUUGGAGAUUUGGGUCUGGUUGCGGCAAAGAGUAGACUAAACCAGCCUACGAUGUUCAAACCAAAGCCAUUGACAGUCAGGGGCGUCCAUGAAGGGCUACUCGCGAUUGCCAAGGUCCAAGGUCAUGGAUCCCAGGAUAAGAAGAUCUCGGGUAUAAAGAAACUUCUGUCAGCGGCAGAUUCGGCCAUCGCAGGCAAGGGAGCUAAGGGAGUGGAUAUCAAGCAGAAUAAAGGAGGUCCAAGUGAAGCCAAAUUUCUCAUCAGGUUUCUCGAAGGAAAGCUAAGACUUGGAUUGGCUGAAAAAACGGUUCUCGUUGCUCUCGCGCAGGCAGUAGUCACUCAUGAAGCAGCCCUCAAAGGCGAAAAGUCUCCAAGCGCUGAGCGUCUGGCCCAGGGAGAGUCUGUACUAAAGCAGGUGUACAGCGAACUUCCAGCCUAUGAAGUUAUCAUUCCCGCUAUGCUGAAGGAGGGGAUCUUCAACUUACCAAAAGUCUGCAAGCUACAACCUGGUGUUCCGUUGAAGCCCAUGUUGGCGAAGCCAACUAAAUCCAUCACCGAGGUGCUGGACAGAUUCGAGGGCAAGGAAUUCACAUGCGAGUACAAAUAUGAUGGCGAACGAGCUCAAAUUCACUAUGUGUCUCCGGACUCGAUCCAUCAGUACCCGAAUGCGACUGCUACUCUUCAGAAGGAUGCCAAGGGUCUCAGCUCGAUCUUCUCGCGAAAUUCAGAAGAUUUAUCCAAGAAGUAUCCCGAUAUUCUAGCAAAACUGGAUACCUGGAUUAAGCCAGGCGUUACCAGCUUCGUCCUUGACUGUGAAACGGUUGCGUGGGAUAUGGCAAACAAAAAGGUUCUUCCCUUUCAGCAACUCAUGACCCGUAAACGAAAGGAUGUCAAGGCUGAAGAUGUCAAAGUCAAGGUCUGUGUCUUUGCAUUUGAUCUACUCUUCUUAAAUGGCGAGCCCACAGUCAAAAAGUCUCUCCGCGAGCGUCGCCAGCUCCUGCAUGAGUCUUUCCAUCCCACGGAGGGAGAGUUUGCAUUUGCUGAACAUUCCAACACCAACGAGCUCGAUGAAAUCCAGAGUCUUCUGGAAGAGAGUGUUAAAUCCUCAUGCGAGGGUCUGAUGGUCAAGAUGCUGGAUACAGAGGAGAGUGGCUAUGAACCUAGUAAACGAAGUCGGAAUUGGCUCAAGGUUAAAAAAGAUUACCUUUCAGGUCUCGGAGACUCUCUGGACCUCGUCGUCCUAGGAGCAUACUUUGGCCGAGGAAAGCGAACAUCAGUCUACGGGGCUUUCCUAUUAGCAGCAUACAACUCUAGCAAACAGACUUUCGAAACUAUAUGUAACAUCGGUACGGGCUUUUCGGAAGCCUUACUGGAAGAGUUGCACAAAGAACUCUCUCCCCUCGCCAUCGACCGUCCCAAGCCCUUCUACGAACACUCCACAGUCCCCAAAGAACAGCCAGACGUCUGGUUCGAGCCUCGCCUAGUAUGGGAAAUCAAAGCUGCGGAUCUUACCCUCAGUCCACGUUACAAGGCUGCAUCGGACGAGGUUGUGGGAACAUCCGGUGCUGGGAAGGGUAUUUCGCUGCGUUUCCCUCGAUAUAUCAAAGCGCGUGAUGACAAGAAACCUGAGCAGGCGACUACUACCCGAGCCGUGGCGGAUAUGUAUCGCCGACAGGAAGCUGUGGUCAAGGAGAGUGCUGGGAAGGGAGGUGUUGACGAUGACUUUGAGUAUUAG